AUAAAACUCUCUAAAAUACUUACCGGCGCUGCCCGCGGCAGUCGGCUUCCUGCUCUCAAAUAAACUUUCUGAGUUAGAGACAAGGAGCCUGGCUAGCUAACGGAUAGCCGCUCAGCUAACGUUGCCGUCAGUUGGCAGCUUGCUGUCUGUGUGGGAGCCACCUGACAACCGCUCACAUGAUUUCAACUACUGCGACCAGCUCAUGGUGUCGCUUGGAUCACUGGAGUGUAGCCGAGGGGCUUGUUAAGCCACAACAACAACAACAACAACAACAUGUUUGGUAAAAAGAAAAGAGCACCACAGCCCAAAGGCCAGGGAGCUGCUGCAGCCAAGCAGAUGGGUCUGUUUGUAGACCUGGACCCUGAGGAGAUGAUGAUGGGUAUGGAGGAGAAUCUGGAUGAUCCGGACCUGGAGGCUGAACUUGCUGCUAUCACUGGAAAUAAAGCUGCUCCCAGACAGAGAGCCAAGCAGAAGGGGAAGACCCCUUUGCCCAUGGAAGAUAUUGCAAAAAUGGCUGAUGAGUGUAUGAGAGAUGUGGAUGAGGAUGAAGAAGAUGAUAACGUGGAAGACGAUGAAGAUCUGUUGGCAGAGCUACAGGAAGUGGUGGGUGAGGGGGAAGCUGAGGAUGCUGCAACUGUUUCCCCCACAUUUUCUGCCGCUGUCGAAUCUACUCAGGCUGAAGCACCAGAGUCCUCUCAGCCGCAGCAGCAGGAAGUAAAGGUAUCCUCCGCAGUCCCCGGCAGCCUCCAGCACACCCUGGAGGAGAGGGUAUCCAUGUAUAAGACCGCCUUACAGAACGCCAAGACUGCAGGGGAGACCUCCAAAGCCAGGAGAUUCGAUCGCGGAUUGAAGACUUUGGAGACAAUGUUAGCUGCUGUGAAAAAGGGGAGACCUGUGAACGAGGCAGAAAUCCCUCCUCCUGUUGCCACUGGAGCCCCGAGCGCCGCUCCUCAGCCCGCUGUCCCUGCACGACCUGCUCCCCCAGUACCUUCACGUCCUGAAUCCACUCCCUCAGAUCAGCAGGAGGAGUCAGAGGCUACUACACCACCGCCUCCUGUACCAGAGAUCGCCACACCCACUAGCGAAGAGGAGCAGUCGUCCUCCACCACAUCGCCCCAUCUGAGCAGCGCCCCUUCUCUAGAGGAGCAGACAGAGGAACCUGCUGCGAACGAGGCAACCAAGACGAUGCUCUUGGAGAGGCAGAAGGAAUACAAGAUGGCUGCACUGAGAGCCAAGAAGCAGGGAGACGUGGAGCAAGCUAAACUUUACUUCAAGACCAGCAAGAGGUUCGAUGCAGUGAUCGAGGCUUUGGAGAAAGGACAAGCAGUGGACCUGAGUGGCCUUCCUCCGCCUCCAGGACAGGCUUCAGGAGGAAGCUCUGCUCCAGUGAAGGAACUUUCCUCUGGUCACAACACACAGGUCACCCAACCGGUUGCAGCAGCUGCAGCCCCAUCAGCCCCUGCGGCUCCCAAAGACGUGCUGGAGGCCCUCGAGCAGAGACGAGCCAAGUACGCGGAGGCGUCUGCUCAGGCUAAAGCCGGCGGAGACGACCGCAAGGCCCGAAUGCACGACCGCAUUGCCAAGCAAUACCAGAGCGCCAUCCGAGCUCACAAAGCAGGGAAAGCGGUCGACUUUGAUGAGCUGCCAGUUCCCCCCGGCUUUCCUCCAAUCCCGGGGCAGAAGGCGACAGGAGCUGAGCAGGGACUCGUUGCUGCUCUGGAGGCAGCCGAUAAGCUUGCCUCUGCUGAUGCUGCUGAAGUACCAGAUGAAGAAGAAGAUGAGGAGAAAGAAGAGGAGUCGAAGCUUGCUGUUCCUGAAGAGCCAAAAAAGCCCACGUUAGACGUCUCCACCGCAAGUCAGGGACGGAAAAGGACUCCUUCAGCUUCACCUGACAGAUCAGCUGCGAGUGAAGGACUCUCGCAAACAGCGGUUCAGCAGCUGGAGUUCCUGGAGGGUCGGAAAAAGCAGUACAUGAAGGCGGCGCUGCAGGCGAAGCAGAAGAACGACAUGGAGCAGGCCAAGAUUUUCCUCCGCACCGCUAAGGGUCUCGACCCCAUGAUCGAGGCCGCACGCAGCGGGAAAACUGUGGACAUCCGCAAGGUGCCGUCGCCCCCUGGUGACGAAGACGAGGACUUCAUCCUGGUUCAUCACAGCGACGUUCAGGUCUCAGAGAAAGCCGAGCAGGUUUACGCACAACUGGCCAAGAUCCUGAAAGACCAGUACGAGAAAUGUAUGACUCACUCCAAGCAAUUCACACACCUGGGGAACGUCUCUGAAACUACAAAAUUUGAGAAGAUGGCGGAGAGCUGUAAGAAGAGUCUGGAGAUCCUGAAGCUGGCUCAGUCGAGGGGUCUGCCUCCUCCUAAACAUCACUUUGAGGAGAGAUCGUUUCACACAGUCAGGAUAUUUCCAGAGCUGAGCAGUACUGACAUGGUUGUUAUUAUCGUAAAAGGGAUGAAUCUUCCUGCACCGAGUGGAAUUCAAACAAACGAUCUGGAUGCCUACAUCAAGUUUGACUUCCCCUACCCCAGCACGGAGCAGCCUCAGAAACUCAAAACAUCUGUCAUCAAGAACACUAACUCCCCAGAAUACAACCAGACCUUCAAGCUGUCAAUCAACCGUAACCACCGCGGCUUCAGGAGGGUGGUGACGUCUAAAGGCCUCAAACUGGAGCUGCUGCACAAAGGAGGUUUCCUGCGGAGCGACAAGCCGAUUGGGACGGCCCUCGUGAAGCUGGACAAACUGGAGUCACAGAGUGAAAUCAGGGAAAUCGUGGAGGUGAUGGAUGGUCGUAAGGCCACAGGAGGUCGUGUUGAAGUGAAGGUCCGACUGCGGGAGCCUCUGAGCGGUCAGGACAUGCAGACGAGCACCGAGCGCUGGCUGGUGAUCGACCAGUCUCAGGUUCUUGUUUAGAUGCUCCUGCAAGAUUAAAGAUAACUCACAAGAUACAGAUUAAAGGCACUCAAUCAAAAACACUCGGAGGAGGUUGAAGGAGGAGGGCGUUUGGGAUCUGACGGGGACGGUCUGUGGUUCAGAUUGGACUCAGAUCUACACGGGUCUUUUUUUGUUUUUGACAUUUUAAAACGUUUGCACAUGUGCAAGGCACAAGAGCUCCCUUUCACGCAGCAGUCCACCAGGAGGAGACAUGGAGCCGGUUUACGGUAGGUCAGCUGGCCUCUGGCUCAGUGACAUGAACCCUCUGUCUCCCCAUCAGUCUGUGGAGCUGCUGCUGUGGGGCUGUGAUGCAUCAGGAGGACUUCAGGGCGACAAGGUGACGGCCCAGAAAGUUUUCCUCUUGCAUCAGUGCGUCUCCCGGAGGACAGCACUGUGUCCUGUGCUAAUGUUAAAGGGGCUCAGCAUUGAGCUAACCUGAUACUGCUGCCUGACACGACUUUAGUUAAUAUAUCAAAGAAUGUUCCUCAUAUUAUACAGCUCUGGUAUCUAGAACUACACCUAUGCACUAAUACCAAAGUAAUCACAGUUGCUGUAAAAUCCUGCAUAUUUGAAAUCGCCUUUAGCUGCCAAACCCGCUAGAGUGGAUGACACGAGAGGUUAAUACAUGUGACGGGGAGUAAAUUGGUGGGAUAUUUUUUUUUUUUUUUAAUUUAAUUAUUUUUUCACACAAUUCUUCUGCUUCUCAGUGAGACGCUUUACGGGAGUAAGCCAAGAAAUGAUGAUGAUUUAUACACAAGGUACGAUUUUAUGAUCAUUUGAAAGACCACACUCCCUUUUUGGCACCUUUCACUUUGAUAAGUCCAUAAACUGUGGUCACUGAACUGGACACUCAUUUAUGGGUGGCUUUAGGUGUGUUACACUUGCAUUUGUCUUGUCUUGUUUACACUCAGUAGCACAAGUCUGAGCAGUUUGUGAGAAAUAAAAGUUUAAGAAUUUAAGUCUAGAAAACUAUUAAUUUAAUCUUGAAAUAGGUAUUCAUUAUUAUGGUUAUUUUCAUCAUCGAUUAAUGAGCUGGAAGUGAUUGUUUAAUUAUCAGUAAGUAGUUGCCAAAUAAUUUUCUGACGAUCAACUAAUCAACUGAUCGAUAAUCGUUGUCAGAACUCAGUUAGCUUAGCUUAGCAUAAAGACUGGAAGCUCUCUCCAAAGUUCACCUCUGAGUCUUACUGUUUGACGCGUUGUGUCUCAUUUGUUUAAUUUAUACACAAGCAGACGUGUUAUGUUGGUGUAGUAUUUUAAACUGUAUUAGCCAGGCUAGCUGUUUCUCUCUGCUUCCCAACUUUAUGCUGAGCUGAGCUAAGCUAAGCUAAGCUAAUCGUCGUCUGCCUCCAGCUCCUUGCACAGACAUGGUGUCAAUCUUCACGUUAAACUCAAAGCAAGAAUUUCCCAAAAUGUCAAACUAAAAGUGUGGAAACUAUAAUUUAAAUCUAUGCAUCGGUGCUUUAAAGAGCCAGUUCACCCAAAUUACAAAAAGAAAUGUAAUAAAUUGUUUACAACUCACUGUAAUGAAGUUAAAUCAGACAUAUUUAUCAAUAUCUAAACCAGAUCCAAAAUGUUACCAGCUCCUGGAGCUCAUCCUUAAUUUUAGCCUCGUUCAGCCACUUGUUUUGUUUUACAACCCACAAUAACUUGCUCAGCAUCAAAAAAAAAAAAAAAAAAAAAAAUCAAUUAAUAUCGACAUUUUUUUUUUAAAGUAAUCUCAGUGAACUGACCCUUUAAAGUUCCAGCUACAGCAUCAUAACAAAUGCUGACAAAAGAAGCCAUAACAAAAUUACUGAGCCAACGACAUGAGUCUCAUUUCCAACAGGUUUACCUCAACACGGUCUGCAACAUGGUUUAGUUGCCAAACGUUACUGUGGUCGCAACAUUUCUCGUUCUCUUCUUUGUUGACAGUUGUUUUUCUGUGCAGUACUUAAUAUAACUGACAAGUGGCAUCAAGUUUACUAGAAACAUUGUCCUAAAUAAUUAAAACAGCUCUGUU